AUGCUUCCAAAAGUCUGCGAUAUAGUCGUCGAUACGACUCAGUUAUCACAUGUUUUGGAUAGGUUGACGAAUAAAACGAUAUACGAUAAGCGGCUACGACCACGCCAGUUUCUCAUGUCUAGAACAAAAUAUAAAUGUUACAGAUACGGUGACAAGCCGGUUGACGUAGGUAUUACCAUCCAUGUGUCGUCGAUCAGUGCCGUUUCAGAGGUGGAUAUGGAUUUCACACUAGAUUUCUAUAUGCGACAAACAUGGCAAGAUCCACGAUUGGCGUUUGGAACGCUUGACCUUGGCAUGUCAAAGCAGAUCUCUUCAUUAACGGUUGGCGUUGAUUAUUUGGAUCGAUUAUGGAAACCAGACACAUUUUUUCCAAACGAAAAAAAGUCAUUCUUUCAUUUGGCCACCACUCAUAAUUCAUUUCUACGAAUUGACGGUGACGGUACGGUAUUCACCAGUCAAAGGCUGACAGUCACCGCUACCUGCCCAAUGAAGCUUCAGUUAUUUCCGAUGGACUCGCAACGAUGCAAAUUGGAAAUAGAAAGCUACGGCUACAGUAUCCUGGACAUAAACUAUGUAUUCGCAUCGGAGAAUUCGGUGACCAGGUCUGAAUUCGAGUUACCACAAUUCGUACUUGUGGACGUGAAGAUCAGCAACAAAACUGAGAAGCUCAGUUCAGGUGAAUAUUCGCGCCUGGUUAGCUAUUUCUUGUUCAAACGCAGUAUCGGCUUCUAUAUCAUUCAAAUUUACCUGCCAUCUGUUCUUAUCGUCGUGAUUUCAUGGGUGUCGUUUUGGUUGAGUCGUGAUGCUACACCGGCACGAGUGGCACUGGGAGUGACGACUGUGCUAACGAUGACCACGUUGAUGACAACCACUAAUGUAAGUGUGUGCAUGACAGAUAUGUGUAUCGAUUGGUUGCCAGCGAGAACUGAAUGUUGUCUUCCAACCAAAACGAUAUAG